CUAUGUUUCCUAGUGAUACAGCAUGGUCGACGAAGUAUGUCUAACGCUCCCUACAUCAAAGUGGAACAUUGUGUUAACCACGACUCUCGGCCUGUUGAUCGCCAUUAUCGCUUCUACAACAAACGUAUUAAUACUCAUAGCAAUAUAUAAGAAGCCAUCACUUCAUACUGUCACAUAUUACUGCAUUGCUUCCUUAGCAGUCGGUGAUUUAUUUGUCGGAAUCGUUGCACUUCCACUUUGGAUUACAAGAUCUUUGUUAUCAAUCGCCGACGAAGAACACCUCCUAAGUGUAGCUGUGGACUGCGUUUAUGUUCUGUCUGUUGGUAUAUCAACAUAUAACUUGUGUACAGUUAGUUUGGAAAGAUACGUUGGAGUUAUUUUGCCUUUGCGGUAUAACGUUAUCGCAACCAUAAAACGGCUUCAGUAUGCGGUAACGAGCGUAUGGGUUAUUUCAAGCAGUAUCGCUUGCCUACGUUUGAUUAUUAACGAAGAUUCUUACUGGUUGAUGGCAAUAUCUACAUUAAUUUUUCUCCCGGGAAUAGUCAUUUCAUACUGCUACGUUUGCAUUUUCAAAGAAGCGUCCCGACAGUCAAGAGCUAUUGAUCAGCAGAGUGGGUCCCCUUCACCAGCAAACCGAAUCCAGAACAAAAAGGCCUCCUUGACGAUUGCGAUAGUGAUCGGUGUGUUUUAUUUGACAGCCCUGCCAGCUCUGGCCUUCUCCAUCGCUGAACUGGUCUCGGGAAAUAAUAUGUCUUGUGAACAGAAAAAAUCAUUCGAGUCUUGGGGAACUUGGGCGCUCUUCUUCGUCUUUUCGAAUGCAGUAGUUAAUCCGUGGAUUUACGCAGCCAGGAAAAGUGAAUUUAGAGACGCUUUAAAAGUAUUGAAGAUUUGGAACUACACGUGUUAGGCAAAGGUUAUCAUAGACCGGUCAGUUUGUAUAAUUGAUCUUUAUAUCAUGUAGAUAUAAAGCAAAUAAGUGAGUGUUGCACUUUAUAUUUUUUUUGGAGGCCACAAAAAUAGCCCCGUAGUUAAGACAAGGCUACGCGUAAACAGAACCUUAAAUGGGCAGAAUUUCGUUGCAACUUUUCGAUAGAACAAACAAAUUACGAAGAUUUUUAAAAAUUCGUGUAUUUGUUAGCUUCAAUUGCUUUUGUUGUCAUUGGAAAUUAUUAGCUCUUUCUUCAGCGAACGUUCUUCUGAACACUGAAACGUUGUUAUGCAAAUAUCAUGAACAAUUAAAAAAAAAACAAGUCCAUGGCGUAAAAUCACGAAACAGCUCCAGAUACAUAAAUUCGCAAUUAUUUCCUUUCUUUGUCCAAACUAUCUUUCCUAUAGUUUAAAAAGUGGGUCGUUUAGAAAUCGAAAAGGGUCUCUCUUUUCUCUGAGAAGGUCGGCGGAGAAUAUGUCUUCUCUGUGGUUUUAGUAACUCCUGCAUCUUACAUUACUUAUUUCUUCAACGUGCACUUUUAACACUUUGCCUACGCUUCUGCUGAUAGGAAAAAACUUUUACUUUUUACAAGAAUAAAUGCUAUUCUAAACUCAUUAAUUCAAGGCAAUAUCACAGCCGUCAAGUAAACUAAAGACAACAUAAACGUUUUUUUAGAAAUGAUGAAUUUGUCUGGUGGACCAUUACGUUACUUUCAAAGUGAACAU